GGCGCAAUUUCACUUCGAGACAGAACAAGAGUUUAAAACUUCUAAAAAAAACGAUAAAGAUUUGAUUCCACAUCAAAUCAAAAGAUCAAAUGAAACGGAACAACACCUCCACUAUGUCGUGAUGAAAAGUCAGAACAGAAGAAAUACAGGGAAACGAACCCAUGUAGAAACAGGCAAUACGCCAGGAAAACCACCACAAAAAUCAACAAGUGGCAGGUCAUCAAGAAAAAGCUUAUUUACAGAAACAGGAAAUAAGGAUAAAGAACAUCAGCCAACAAAGCCUGCCCCUUGGUCGGAUGGUGAGCUGAAGGAGUUGGUCAAGUAUGUCGCUCUUUAUUCAUUUGAUCAUACUUGGCCAACUCACAAAAACAAGUACUUCUGGGAGCAGUGUGGCAAAGCAGUUUCACAAGCCACAAAGAAUAAAUGGGUUCGCUCAGGUAAUGCAUGUCGUGACAAAGUAAUACKUUUACUUAGACAGAAAUACAAGAAUAUCCAAGAGGCUGAAGAUGCUUUUAAUAUUGAUUAUAUGAAUGAUGUAGAAGCACAAGAAACUAACUCUCCUUGCAAACACUUACAAGAUGAAGAUCCACGACCUGGGCAAAUAAUUGAACUAAUAAAAAGUAGUUAUCUGAAGCUAACCAAAAGACAAAGGCUGACCUUAAUGCAGCUGAUGUUUGAAAUUUUCCUUAAAGAGGACAUUGAACUGGUUGCAGUGAAGUCAUUUGUGUCAUCAAACUUUUUAGAACUGUGYGGACAAGCCAUGAAAAACCUUGAGGACAGCGGAAAAGAAAAUGUGAUACUCCAUUUGGCAAAAUGUCUACAAAAGAAUGGUAGUGAAACCCGGAUGCCUUUGAACCAAAUGCCAUUUGGUWUGAUUGCAUAUAAUUGCAAAUUUUUUGCAUCAGAAUCCUCUGGUAACAUCAAGAUUCYUGAAGAUUAUAUGUCUUGGAUGACAACAAUGUAUACUCAUUUUGGAAACCAAUGGRCAACCCUUCACCUUGGGCCGCACUGGUGUCAUGAUGAACUACUACAAGAAAAAGUAGAAUCUACUGUCAAGGAUUCUAGUGUUAAGUCUCCAACACCCAUUGAUAAUGACAUUGYUGCAACAGCUCUGGCUCUAGAAGAGAUUGAUUUAACAACAGAAUGCCCAAGUGGAAAUCCCCCAUCAUGCCAUGAUAAUACUAGUUUAGAUGACAGUAAAUCUACAUCAGCACCUCUGGCUCUAGAAGAGAUUGAUGGAACUGCAGAAUGUCCAGUUGGAAACCAUGAUAAUACUAGUUUAGAUUCUAGAAAAUCUUCUGAAUUUGUCACAGUAAGAAGUCCAGUAAGUACUCUCUGGUCUGGCCUGACUAACAGUGAUAUAGCUGAGCUCCAAGAAGCACAAAUAUCCCAUCGAGAAUUAGAAGAACGAUUUGAAGUUCGUCCACAAGGGAAGUCGUCUGGAGGAAGUAUUAAGAAAGACCCUCUUACAGCCAAGGUAAACAUUGCAGGUCCAAGUACAAGUACAAUAAGAAGACGAAUUGCAUCGAGUGGAUUUACUAGAAGUACUGAUAUACAGGUAAAUGCUUCUUAUUGUUAAAAAGUCAUUUAUGAUAUGAAUUGGAGAGUUCUCUA